AUGUCGAUUUACGAUCGCGCGACGGUGGCGAAGCUCGCGCACCUGGCCACUGCAGCGGACGGCGCGGUUCUCGGCGUCGUCGUUGCCUACGCGGCGUACCGCAGCAUCCGGAAGUACACUGCCACGUCAUCCGCCCUAAGCAAAAUCCGCCUGGCGCCGGCAGUGCAGGCCUCCGACAUCCGCUCGGUUCUGGCCGACGGUGAUGUUUCCGGCGGCUCUGAUGGAGUUGGCGCUUCCAUUUCGCGUUCCGGCGGUGAAAAAUUGGUCGUGGUCAGGGGUGCUGUUGAGGUGAAAUCUGCCGUGGAGAAGGGGAAUUGGAAGAGUGUAAGAGGCAGUGGCUUGGUUGUGUCUCGGGAGACCGGCGACCAGGGCGUGGUCCUUGAGCAAGUUCGCGGAUGUAUAUACAAUGAGUUGAGGGGAAUCUUCCGGUGGCCAUAUAAUAUACGAUCCUUGUUCUCACAAUCCUGGAAACAGCGAGAGUCUUGCUCCGUAAGAAUGGUUCCAUUUGUUCUUGUGGAGGCGGGAAAACGACCACAGCAAUCCGAUUAUCUUGUUGUCAACAUGGAAGGAUCAAAGCAUCCCCUGCCACUUGUAACUGUUUUUGGGGAGUUGCGGCCUCUUGAUGCUUCUCCUUACACUUUCCUUCAGGCACUUUUGGGUCUUCAGUACCCCGUUGGGCUGAUUUACGAAGAGAAAAUCCUUCAUCUGGGGAAGGUUAUCACUGCUGUUGGUGUUUGCGAUCUUAAAGAUGGGAUUCCGGAGAUCAAGUCGUGUGAAGAUCUUCCUUAUUUUCUGUCUGCUAUGAAUAAGGAUGAAAUGGUAGCUGAUCUUUUCUUCAAGAGUAAUGUGCUAAUGUGGAGCGGACUGGUUUUCGGUUCUCUAGCUAUUGGCAUUCUCGGUUAUUGUGUAGCAAGAAAAUGGAAGAAAUGGAAAGCACGCAGAUCACGGCAACAAGAUGACUCAGCAGAAAUCCUGACAGAUGCUGAGGUGGCAGCACUGGAUGAGGAAUCGAGUGAAGUGCCCGAUGGCCAGCUGUGCGUGGUCUGCCUGACGAGAAUUCGGCGGUCGGCGUUCGUCCCAUGUGGCCACCUAGUCUGCUGCCACCGCUGUGCAUUGAUGGUCGAGCGCGAGUCCUCCCCAAACUGCCCUCUCUGCAGGCAGCAGAUAAGGAGUACGGUUAGAAUCUACGACAUUUGA